AUGCUCCCCGGGGUACACACGUUGCGUUCGGUAGAGGACGUUGUGGUGGACCGCCUGCGGUGGUGGCGCGCGCAGCAGGAGGCGUUUACGGCAGCUGCGACAACCGUCACUGCACAGGGCUCUCGCCGACCCGUGGCAACACCGUUCACGGCCAAAGCAACAUCGCGGCCGCGGUCACGCUCUGCCCCUCUCCAUAGCGGCUCAGCUCACCGUCAGGAACGACUCUUGACGAUGAUGCCACCGCGCGAGGCUGUGGCUUUGCGUCACCCACCGAUGCUUCUCUUUUUGAAGUGCGAGGCAACCGCUGAGCGGCUCGAAGAGGUGCAGAUGGCAUUACGCGAGGGGGAGGGGGCGGUGUGGCUCACCCGGCUGUUGUCGAUGGAACGCGUCUUCUAUGGCCCCCAGAUGCGGCCCUGCAACCCAGACGUCACGCGCGAGCUCUCGGUACGGAAGAGGUGGCCGCGGCGACGCGCGGCGUCAUCUCCACCGCUGCAAUCCCCCGCUUUGGAUUUUGAAAGAGGCCGGCACAACAAUAUGGGGAAUGCAUCACGCAAGCGCCGUGAAGCUGGUCGUGCGACGUUGCCAAACAACAAGGGUGGGGUGGUACCACUCGUUUUGCCUUCUUCCCUCUCGUGCCGAAAAGUGAGCAGUCUACAGGAUUCGUAUGUAUUUCAUCCUGAGGCGGACUUCGUUGGUGAUGGGGCUUUUUCGCGUGUCUUCCGCGCAGUGCCGCUCUUUAGAGCGACCUCUAGUCUGAGUUUCUUUGCGAUCAAAGUCAUUCCCCAACGAAAGUGGAAGGAUUCUACUCUUAUCAGUUCCUGUACGUCGCUACAUGGCGGAGCAAAGGUGCGUGAUGUUAAACAGGGCGCUGCGCGAGAGGAAGCCACUGCUCGCUCUAAGCUGAAUGAGCAGACUGCAGAGGUUCCUGCUCGUGACUGUUAUGGCUUGGAAUACCAUGACGCUAUGCACCGUGAACUUAUGGGGAUUGAACGAGAGAUAUCCAUCGUACGCUCGCUGCGCCACACGGGGUGCCCACAGUUUGUGGAGGCGCUGCGUACACCAGAUGAGUUUGUUAUUGUUAUGAACAUAGGGCCGGGUUGCAUGGAUGCCCGGCGUUAUCUUCGACUGAAUGGCCCUCUGUCCGACAAUCGGGCGGCGCUAAUCAUUUACCAACUGGUGAAGACGGUCAACUAUCUGCAUUGCACGCAUGGCCUUAUUCACCGUGACAUUAAGUUGGAGAAUGUUCUACUUUCCCGCAUCGAUGCCUCGCAAGAUUGUAUUCAGAGGGUUCUUGGUGAGCCCCUUGCAACUCAGACGCACGAGGCAGAGGACAGUGUGCCGGAGGUGAAUGAGGCGGCGAUAAAGACGAUGGAGUACAAGGAAAACAAACAGGAUGCCAAACCACAGAGGCAUUGCUUGACAUCCGUGUGGGGUCCACUCUCCGUCGAACGGAGGUCCGAAAAACUAGAGCAACUGAUAAAAGUGACCCUCGUUGACUUUGGCCUGGCACGGCGUACAACGAGACGCGGGGAAAGGUGUAGGGGGCGUGCCUCUGGCGAGGGCAAUGUGGGGAAUCCACAGCCCAACAAUAGCGGCAGCACCCGCUGCCACCGCGUUGGCAUGCCCACCCCGGUGCCGUCUGCGGUCAACAUGUUUGCCUCUGUAGAUAGUGAAAGUGCCUCCGUUGCGACAAGCUCCGACAUAAUCCACACAGAAACCACGGCUUGCAGCAUCAGCAACAACGACGAUGCCGGCGAGGACAACGACGCCUACGUGGAGAUGUCUUUGGACGAUGAUGUUGGCAACAACGAUGGUGCCGAUACUUACGGCGGAGCAGGGGAGGGCGUCGCUGUGGCGGUUGAAGGCGAGGCCUCAACAGGCACAUUGAACGCGUUACCUCGCGUCCCCGCCGCGGAGAUGUCCCGCUUUGCUGCUCGUGUUGGCGUUGGUGGGGUUGCAGGAGUUGGGGCUCUCAACGUUUCCGUGCUGUCUGACUGCAAGCAGGAGGGGGAACAGACUCGGGGAUGGCGUCUAGUUCUGUAG